AAUCUUCUCGUUUUAGUCAGACAUAUCUCCUGUAAUAUCUAGUUAAUACUUGAAUCCUUCAACAAUAACUCUUCGUCCAAAUUUCAAGACAUGUGAGCACUUGAAUUUACUCCAAACCACCGCGCGCCAGGUCCAAGCAGCCUUCAAGAAAGCGAAGAUGCCUCGUUGUUCGGUUCAACCCUUGCGAGGUUGGCUCCCUCCAAUCGCCCGCGAAUUUCUUGCGGAAUUCACAUCAACUUUCAUACUUAUCGUGUUUGGCGUUGGUUCUGUGGCACAGUCAGUACUCAGUAACCAGACCCACGGGACUUUCUUCUCGAUUAACUUCAGCUGGGGAAUGGGUGUCACCAUGGGCUGUUACAUGGCAGGAGGAGUCUCAGGAGCGCACAUGAAUCCAGCCGUGACUGUAGCAUUCGCCGUAGUGCGGCGUCUUCGAUGGUGGAAAGUCCCGGUCUACAUCUUGGCGCAAAUGCUUGGUGCAUUUACUGCAUCAGCCUGUGUCUAUGGCGUUUAUUACGACGCGUUGAAUAACUUUGAUGGUGGUACACGACAGAUACUCGGCCCGAAAGGCACGGCGGGAAUCUGGGCGACAUAUCCUCAACCCUUUCUUACCACGUGGGUAGGCUUUGCAGACCAGCUUUUCGCUACGGCUCUGCUGGUCAGCGGUGUCUUUGCCAUUGUUGACAAGAAAAAUGUUGGGCCUGAUCGGACCAUCGCCCCAGUCCUCAUCGGUCUUCUAGUGUUUGUCAUUGGCGCAACCUUUGGUUUUAACUGCGGUUAUGCAAUCAAUCCCGCUAGGGACCUGGGUCCGCGGCUGUUCACUGCCGUGGCGGGCUGGGGUUCAGGCGUGUUCACGGCUGGUAAUAAUUGGUCAUGGGUACCCUGUGUUGGCUGUAUAAUCGGAGGGAUUCUGGGCGCGUGGUUUUAUAUGGCUUUGAUUGAGGUUCAUCAUGAUGCUGAUGAUGCGGAUGACGAGGAUGGCAUUCUGGCUGACAAUAAUAAGAACGUGCAGUUGUACAAAGCAAGCGAGACAAACAACGCCUCGUGGUCACCACCUGAGCACCAAGGCUCGGAGCCUAACCCCAACUACUGGAGAAAACAAUGGGAGAGUCACAUCUAAUUUGUCAUUGUUCAUCUUUGGUGGCGUCCUCUUAUCUACAUGGCCCAAUAAUUAUUUCACCGGAGGGAGGGGGAUCCGUUAUUUCUUGUAUUUGCUAAAGUCCCUUUAUUAGCCAAUCUCUUUUAAAAUUUUAGACUCUUCUGGAGGGAACAGCUCUUUCUCUCCCCCUUUCCACGCCGGCUGCGACCUUUGUGACAUGGCAGGAGGGGGGAACUCAGGUACCCUUUAAAAUAGAGACAGCUAAUCAUCAUUUUGCCGAGCUACUUGCUAGUGGAUUUUGCUUUUGGGGUAUUCGUUGUGUUUAGUUAAAAUGCCGCCAGCUGACAUGUCAGAAUCAACAGACAUCAUCUCGCAGUAGCUGCUGAAAAGCCAUGGAGAUUUUGUGAUAGCAGGGUCGUAGCAGGGGGUUGGCAUUAGGGUCACGUGCCCCUCCCAAAAAAAUUUUUUUUUUAAUUACAAGAAAAUGACCACUAGGGGCGUGGCUCCUUAUAGUUUCUCAAUGUUUCUGUAUCGUGUCCUCCCCCACCCCCCCCCCCCCCCCCCAACUCAAUAUUUCAAGGCCUGCUACGGCACUGGAUAAACCGCACAUUUGUUUUUUUUUUCUUAAAGAAUCGUGAACUUGAACUGGACUAGCUAGCAUGUGUACCUGUGACUUUUUUAGAUUCUCGUUUAUUUUAUACAUAGAAAGGUUGUUAUAAGAUUGUUUCGAAUGGAUCGAGAUCGUUCAUUGACUAAUUCAUUAUAGAGGAUUAUGGUAUUACGUUAUUGUAAAUGGAAUCAGACAAAACAAAUAUUGUAACAUAUCUAAAAUAUCAUACAUAUCACAACCAACCACUUUUAAAACAUAAAAUAGAUGUCUACAAGUACAUGAUGUAUUAUUUUACUAUGCUGUGCUACCUUGAAUAAACAAUAGAAAUGCGUAA